UACAUUGAAUAUCCAAUGUAUUACACAUUGAAGACAUUGUUAUAAUAUAUUUGACAUAACUAUCAAAUAUUUAGCAAAUUAUUAAUCAAAUAAAUUGUAAUUAUAGUUAAAUUAAAUUAAUUUCAAUACAAUAUAAACACUAAUUAAUUAAUAAAAAGAUGACAACUAAUAGUACUUCACUUAUUGAUGACUUUGAAAACUCAUUUCAAUCUUGUCUAUCAUUAUUGACGAAUCCAUCGACGACUCACAUCCAUGACUCGGAUGAGGUCAAGACAAGUGUCGAUCAAAAUAUUCAACGAUUUCUAGACAUUGGUCGACAAAUCGAGGCUUUCUUUCUUCAGAAACGACUAUUAAUUUCUGUUCAAAAACCGGAACAAAUUUUAGCCGAAGACAUAAUGGAAUUGAAGAAUGAAAUCGCACGGAAGGAUCAGGUUUUGACCAAAUAUUACGAUAAGUUACAGUACUGGCAACAGUUGAUGAAUGAGACAGUCGCUAAUGGAGAUGGUAGUCAUCAUUUACAAAGACCAACUUCAUUGACUGGCCAACCAGUUGCUGCACAACCACCACAACAAUUACCAUUACAAAUGGCAUCACCUCAUCCACAAAUAAAUUCUCAGAUGAAUCCACAACUGAGACACAGUGUGCAGAGUCCUAUCUCAGCUAUCAAUGGUCCGCCAACAAUGAUGAGACCAUCAAUGGGACCACAAAUGACAGUUGCAUCUGCAGGUCCUAUGACACCGCCUCAAAUGAUACCUUCAGGUCCUAUGCAGGGACAGACAGGUAUGAUGACUACUGGUCAACCUACUAAUAUGGGACCUAUGAUGACACAAAUGGGAGCACAACAGGGAAUGCAACAAAUAGGUGGACAAUCACCUAUGCCGACUCAACAAAUGCCACAGUUUAUGCCACAACCACCUCAACCUGGACUUCAGGGACCAUUAGCUUUCUUGGAGAGGACAACGUCUAACAUUGGUUUAUCAGAUGCGAGACGUUAA